AUGGAGAUUGAUAGUGGAGCUGCGCACUCUGGUAGAGAUGAGAUUGAUGACUACAUUAGGUGCAGGUAUAUCUCUUCUUGUGAGGCUUGCUGGCGGAUGUUUGCGUUUGACAUUCAUGGACAGGAGCCUUCUGUGGAGAGACUUGUCGUUCAUAUGCCCGAAAUGAAUAGGGCGAUUUUUUCUGAGCAUGACACGCUUGAGUCGGUUCUAAAUAACCCGUUGGCUUGCAAGACUAGGUUGACCGAGUGGUUUGUUGCCAAUCGGGAUCAUCCUGAGGCUAGGGCUCUCACAUAUGGUCAGUUUCCUUCGCAGUGGACGUGGGACGGUACUAACAAGGUCUGGCACAAGAGAAAGCGCGCGAGUAAAUUUGGCGAUAAGAUUGGUAGAGUAUACAAUGUUCACCCUGGAACUGGUGAGCUGUUCUAUCUGCGGCACCUUCUUAUGCACGUGGCAGGCGCUACUUGUUUUGAAGAUGUUAGAACAUAUGGAGGCGUGGUUUACGAUACCUUUAAAGAGGCCUGUUUCGUUCGGGGUUUGGUUGGUGAUGAUAAAGAGUGGUUCAGGUUGUUUGACGAAGCUAUUGUGUGGGCCACGCCUUAUCAGUUGAGACAUCUUUUCAUGACUGUGCUGGUGUUCUGUGAGGUUAAUAACGGGCGUGCUUUGUUUGAUCAGUACUGGGAGAGUAUGGUUGACGAUAUAGUCUAUGACAUUCAGCAACGGCUUCCCGAUUUCAUUGUACCACAGGAAUCUCUGAAACAUGAGUUGCUUCAGGAGCUGGCUGCGCUGUUUGCCAGGAAUGGGUCGGCUCUAGCUUCUUUUGGUCUGUCUCCUCGCGUUGUUUCGUCGGCUGGACUCCCUUUUAAUAGGCUGAUCACCGAAGAGAUGCAGUACGACAAGAGUGCUCUUGGGGUGUUGGCGCAGGAGCUCCGUGAUAAGCUGAACGACGAUCAGAGAGUCGUCUACAACGAGAUUAUGUGUGCUAUCAAUGAGGGGUUGCCCCGUCAUGUUAAAGUGAUGAAGCUAGAGAUCAAUAUGCGGUUGAUGCACCCUGAUUUGUUGGCUGCGGAUGUACGGGAGUGUUCUGAAUUUGCUGAUUGGGUUCUAAGUAUUGGAGAGGGUACUGUGCCUGCGCACGCGAGGGAAGGCGAGGAUUCGGCUUGCUGGAUAACUAUACCUGAUGAUCUUGUGGUUGGCCCUUCCUCUUCUAAUAUACGGGCGGCUAUCGAUAGCAUUUAUGAUGAUUUUUUUAACAAAUAUUCUGAUCCUGAUUAUCUCGCGGAGAGGACGAUUGUGUGUCUGACUAAUGCUGCUGUGGAUGAGAUCAAUGAUGUUAUUUUUGAGUCGGUUCCAGGGAAUGCUUCGACUUACUAUAGCGGUGAUACAGUAUCAGAAUCAACGGAUUUUGUUUUUGAUGUUGAUCUGCUCUAUCCGCGUGAGUUUCUUCAUUCUAUAGAUUAUAACAACUUCCCUCAGCAUAUACUUAAUCUGAAGGUACGAGCGUACACGCGUCUUUUUGGAGGAUACCCAUGCGGCCUCAUGGUCGUCCACGCGUACAGCUACACUGUGCACAUGGACCUUUGUAUGUAG